AUGAAUGAUAACGAAUGUAUGUACAAUGUUUACUCCAUUAGUUUAUCUGUUUCCAAUGGGAAUUUUCUGUCUAUAAAAUCUCUUCCAUAUAGUUCUCCCAAGUCCCAGGUUUAUCCAGAUCUCUUCCAUAUAGUUCUUCCAAGUCCCAGGCGCAGGACCCAUCUUGUUCAGUCUUUCUCUGUUGUUUUCCUCUACUGGUUCUACUCCAUUGUUUUUUUUUUUUUUUUUCAUAAACUGUUGUUUUUUGUGGCUAUUUCAAGCAGCGGAGCAUCUUCAGCUUCAAGCACGCUGAGAAGCUCAAGUUCGGAGGAAGAUUUUCAGCAGAUUUUGGACGAAAGGAAGCGCAAGAGAAUGCUUUCCAACAGGGAAUCGGCACGUCGGUCUCGGAUGCGUAAACAGAAGCACCUGGAUGAUCUGAUGGAGCAAGUAUCUCAGCUCACAAAGGACAACAACCAGAUCCUUUCAAGCAUCAACAUAACCACACAGCUUUACUUGAACGUUGACGAUGAGAAGUCGGUUCUUAGAGCUCAGAUGACUGAGCUCAGUACCAGGCUGCAAUCUCUCAAUGAAAUCAUUGAUUUCAUAAACUCAAGCAAUGGGGUUUUUGAAAACUUUGAUCAGGCUGCCCAUCAUCAUCAUCAUCAUAUCAAUGAUGAUACUUUCAUGAAUCCAUGGAGUUCUUUCUCUGUCAAUCAAACCAUCAUGGCUUCUGCAGACAUGAUUAUGUACUGA